AUGGCCACACUUUCGGUAGUCCUAUUACUAUUCGGACUGGUUCAAGUGAGUAAUUACUUCCUUAUUUCGCUAUCAGAUAUCCACCUCAAACUUGUUUUCUCCCAUUAAUUUUAUAGGUUGGAUGAUUUAUGAAACAGACAUUUCAAGAGACUCUAAUUAUUUUAUAAACUUGAUUUUUAUAUUACUUUAGCCUCGUUUGGCCUUCUAUACAUACGCACCUCAACACAGACAACCCGUCUAUCAGAAUACACCCGUGCCCUUAGGGUAUCAACCACCUCCAAAUCCACCAGUAAUUGAUGAAUAUGAACAUUUGAAUAAUCAAUGGAGACAAGGCCAAUCAAACCAAAGACAAUGGUCGCAGCAACAAGGUCAGUGGAACGGGAAUCAACAAUGGAAUGGAAAUCAGAACUUCCAGAGUAAUCAAGGCAAGUUCAAAAGAAAUGUUCAGAAAAGAGUUCCUUCGUAUGCAAUGAGAGAAGUUUGAAAUUAAAAGAUACUAUCUGCAACUCAAAACCCUAUUUUAGGGACCAGCCCACAGCCAAUCCGAAAACCAGACCCAGUAAUUAUAAAGACGUUAAUUCAAGUGUUUGCCAAUGAACAUGACCCCAACUCCUUGUACUCUGAAGCCCGUCUCGUUACACAAGUGGACGGAGAAGACAGAGUUCAGAUUUCCCGGGAUUUGGAGACAAAGAAAGGCGUUUUAAUUGCGUCUGAUGAACGGAAAAUGGGCUCUAAUCCUGGCAAUUUCGUGAGUCUUAAGCAGCACUUCUGGAACUCCGUUUCAGGCUCAUGUCAAAGCCUAUGCGGCCACCAAUGGCUCUCACAUCACUGACAAGGAUUUGGAAAGGGAAUUGGACAGGGAAUUGGAGACCGCCAUACCUCUCAUCCUCGACGAACUCGAUCGAAUUGCCAAAAAUAACAACGUUACCGUAAGUCCGAAACAAAAAACAAAACGAAUUUCGUGCAGACAACACCAACCCCAGAUGACAUAAGUUCAAAAGAUCUGGAGAAAUUGAUCGGGGAUGCACUAACUACAAUCACAGAUCCCGAGGAAAGGAAACAAGCAGAGUUAGAGUUGGAGAAGAUCAAGAGUCUCACAUCCACACAUGCUCCAACAACCACUUCCACCGAGGCUAGAACUUCUCCUUCAACAAUAACAACUACUACGUCUAUUACAACGACCACAACACAGGUUCAAAUUAAAGAGGAAACCUCCCCGCCUCUCAUUAUAUUCCAGAAAACUACCGUUAUUCCAGAAGCUGAGGAAUCUGGCACUACUCCAGAAUCCAUCCCUGAAACAACAAGAAGAUUACCCCCUGGAAUCAGUGUUCGCGUGGAAGAUCUUCAACCAGGCGUAGAACCAACCACUCCUGAUUCAAUACCAGAAUCCGAAACAUUUCCUUUUGAUGACUUAACAGAAGGACCUUUGCCGGUUUCAGGAGACAAUCAACUGCAUCAAGAAGAUGCCAAACAACUUCCAGAACAAUCAGAAGAUGAAAAAGACGUGGAACAGACCGGAUACACAACUAUUUCUACAAAAGCCACCACCAUGGGUCAGGAACUGAUUAUCCCCGAGCAUUCGGCGAAUGGAGACGAAGCCCGAGAACAUCCCCGCACCUGGAAACCACGGCCCCCAACAACUGCCACAGGCAAGUUUCAGGGAUUUGAAUUCAAAUAUUUAUCAGAGAUUCCCACGCAAGCCAACACCAUCGUCACAUCCCCGCCGGCCUUAACAACGCCGAUCCCCAUAGAGACAGUAAGAUCAUCCUUAAUGUUUAUUUAUAUCCCCAGACCACCGAAAAUGUAAUUGCCACUAUCCCUGAGGCCAAUGACGAAUGCCCCAUCCCCAAUGAUAGCACUGACGCUCUCCUGGGCGAUGUUCUGUUCCUUUUGGACAGCUCAAAGACUGUUGGAUCGGGGCAGUUUGGCAGUGGGCUCAAGUUGAUCGCGGAUACGGUCAGACAAUUCAAAAACAUUGGACAGAAUGGAAUUCAAAUAUCUCUAAUACAAUAUAAUGAGGAGCCAUUACUCGAGUUCUCGUUUAGGAAACACAAUUGCAUUACUGAGUUGCUGGAAGAUAUACGGGAUACCAAAUAUAUGAAUGGAGAUUCAGAUCUGGGAAGGGCGGUGGAGAAGAUCAUGAAAUACGCUUUUACAAAGACAAGAGUAAUUGCUUUCAAAUAUUGGAAUUAUUUUAAAACUUUUUUCUCCAGGGCGAUCGUUCCGAUGCUCCGAAUGUCCUUGUUCUUAUAACAGACGAAGCAGAUCAAAAUAAGAUUAAGAUCCCGGUGGAAUUGGCCCAUCAAGAUGACACCACGAUGCUGGUCGUAGCCACUGUAGAGGCUGAUCCAAACGGAUUAAAAGAGAUCGCUGAGGCCUCAGAUUUGGCUCCACUAGAUCUAAAAGACACCCUGAAAACACCACUGGCUAAACGACUGGCAAAGAAGAUUGAAGCGGUUUUGAAAGGAGAACAUCAUGUUGUAAACAAUGACCUCCAAGUCUUCUCAACUUCAGCUCCUGCAGGACCAUUUGAUAACGUUGAAGAAAACGUUGAUAAAGAAGAGCCGGCUACAACUGGUAAUCUAAAAUUUUUAAAGACAUUUUACAAUAUUUUUUUCAGAGAGACCUCAUCAUUUAUCAUCAACAUAUUCAUCUGAGAAUGUACAAGUGCAGUGCCGAAGUGACGGUGUGACGGUAAGAGUUGGCGUAAUAUUGCGCAAUUUUAGCAUUAAUCAAUUUACUAACUUGUUUAGGCAACUUUCAAAUUACCAGAAUAUUUCUCUGGCUUUAUUGGAGCUAAGGGAUAUGAGACAGUAAACGGAUGUUAUAUCGAGAUCCCUCAAACUCAUGAAGGAUCAAAUAUAAUGAGAGAAGUCACAUUCUCCAUCAAGACUGGCGAAUGUGGACAUUCCUCGAUCAGUUCGGUAAAUAAAAAAACAAAUUUGAAAAAAAAUUUUAGAACUCUCCUAGGGGGCGUAACAAUUCCGUUGUGAUCAACAUUUAUCAUCACAAAGAGCUGAUCACAGAUCAAGACCAAAGUUAUAUUGUGCAAUGUUUUAUUCCCAGAAGGCGUAUUGAGCAGACAUUGGAGACAAGAUUGGACGUAGAGGGGUUAGUUAUCAUCCUAAUUAAACUCUCUUCUAGUCUAAUGGCUCUAAGCAAAACAAUAGCCCUUGAUGCUGUUCCCCCCAAAUGUGAGUAUACGAUAAGAAGAGAUUCUCCCAAUGGUCCUGUCCUUCAAUCAGCUAGCAUUGGGCAGAUUAUUUAUCAUCGGUGGGAAUGCAAGGCAUCCGAUGGUAACCUGAAUAUGUUUUAAUUACUCCUUCUAGAUGUCAGUGGUGCUUAUGGAUUAUAUGUGCAUGAUUGUAAGGCCUUUAAUGGGACUGAGCGGAGUUAUGAGAUAGUCGAUAACCAAGGAUGUGCUGCCGACAGUUCACUACUCGGCGAGAUCGAAUAUGCGAAUGAUCAGAUCCUGGCUCAUGUCAGAGCUCAUGUUUUUACUUUUGUAAAUGUGGAAUCGCUGUUAUUCUCUUGCAAAGUGAGCCUUUGUCAGAGAGACCGGGAUGGAUGCGAGGGUUAUUCGGUAGGUUUUUCUUGUUAAAGGUUAUAACACCUUUUAAAAAUUUUUAUUUUAAUCGAAAAAUAAUUGUUUAAUCUAAGCCCCCCGUAUGUCACAAAACCAAUACAUCGGAGAUUAUCUUAACUCGUCGAACUCGUCAGUUGGAGCCUGCCUUGGAGGUGUCCUUAACUCGACAAAUACAAACAAAUCAUGUGGAUAUCGUGGACAUGAGGCGCCCCCAACGAGCAUAUCAUCUUUCCUUCAGUAUAUACGUCAUCAUGCUUCUAAUCACCAUAGCCCUGAUUCUAUUCAUAGCCCUAUUUCUAUGGUGUAAAAACGAGAGAAAGACAUCUCGGCCUUCCCCUCAGAUCCGGAUAUAUCCCGUAUUUGAGACCUCAAAUCAUUGA